ACUGCCUUCAAAAUACAAGCUCAUGAAACAGCUAUUUAUGGUUCUUUUCAACUCUCGUAGCACCCAAGCUGUUCAACAUAAUACAUGAAAAUAAAAAAUAGCCCGUUGAAACAAAUUAUGGCUUGGAUUUUGAGUAGUUGUGAAGACGUUCAAUUUUAUUUUGAAGGCGUUACCCGGAAAUCGUCGCAUUCCAUGCUCUCGCUCGACGCGUCUCUCGCUGCCUACGUGCAGCCCGUCAAAAAGACAAGUUUCCAGACACUUUUCCGCAACCCCGUCCCGGGAGCAAGAGACGGCUGGUGACCAUGCUCUCUCACGGCGUGGUCACGGCGUUUGCUUUUCUAGCCUCGGUCCUGCUCUUGGCUCGGGCCCAGUACGAGAAAUACAGCUUCCGAAGCUUCCCCGCCGGCGAGCUGAUGCCACUGGACUCCACGUUCGACUACGCGAUGCAGCAGUACACGGCGCGCAACUGGGCCGAGAGCGUCAAGUACCUGGAGCACAGCCUGAGGCUCCAUCGGCUGCUGCGGGACAGCGAGGCGUUCUGUGGCCGCAACUGCAGCGCCGUGAGCCGGGGGGACGACGGAGACGACGGGCACCUCCGCGUCAUGCGGCACAUCCUCUUUCGGGCGGCGUGCCUGAAGAAGUGCAAAGCCGACUUGCCCGUGUUUAAACUCGCGUAUCCGCGUCGAGACCUCCUGGACAGCUUUGAGAAAAGGACCCCUUAUCGAUACCUGCAGUUCGCAUACUUCCAGCUGAACAACUUGGCGAAGGCCGUGUCGGCGGCCCACACCUACCUGAAGAAAACCCCGAAAGACCCCAAGCUUACCAAGAACAUGAACUACUACAAGACACUGAUGGACGUGGACCCCUAUCUCAUCGACCACGAGGAGCAGCCAUACGAGAGUGUGUUCGUGAAGAGCGUGACGCUAUACAACAGCGGCGACUUCAGCGGCAGCGCUCGCCACAUGGAGCAGGCGCUCACCUCCUACUUUGAUGCGUACGACACGUGUGUGGCCGCCUGCGAUGGGUCGUACGAGAUCCUCGAGUUCAAGGACUUCUAUCCAACGCUGGCUGAUCUGUACCUGGAGGCGCUAAGAUGUAAGGUGGGCUGCGAGCAGCAGUUGACGCCCAGCGUGGGGGGCUUCAUGGUGGACAAGUUUGUGGCCACCAUGUACCACUACCUCCAGUUUUCAUAUUAUAAACUAAACGACGUAAAGAGCGCCGCCCCGUGUGCCGCCAGCUACAUGCUGUUCGACCCCAGCGACCAGGUGAUGCGUCAGAACGUGGAGUACUACCGCUUCUACCGGGAACAGUGGGGCCUAGCCGACACCGACUUCCAGCCGAGGGCCGAGGCUUCUAGAUACUUCAACCAGACAACCAAGCAAGACGAGAUGCUGCAGUUUGCUCUCAACUACCUGCAAACCGAGGACGAGGGUGAGGUGAAUCCGGAGGCAGAGGCCGCCUCCCAGCGCUCCGUACGGCCCGACGUUGAGUUCGAGGGCGUCGGCGACUACGAGGAAACCCUCGUGUCCGAGUGGUGGCAGGAGCCCAAGACCAAGUGGGACACAGGCGAGGUGCCGGAGUGAACUUUGAACCUGAAAAAGAAAAGGAGGAACUCAUCAUGUUGAUCGAGAUGAAAGAUUGACAUGCACGCUCUUUGGCUGUCAUCAGCCUUGAUUGUCAUAAUUUUUUUUUGUUCUACUUAGUUUAAUUGGAAGAAAAGUAU